AUGGACACUCGAAGAUGCUUCUUGAUGCUGAUGCUGCUAAUGAUCCUGAGUCAGGACCACAUUAGGGUGUUGGCUUUCCUUAGAUUUAAACGUGGCCGGGCAUGCCCCAGAAUCAAGGAGAAGUGCCUUUUCAAAGAGUCCAGUGCUUGCUUCAGAGACAGGGAUUGCAAAGCCACAGAGAGAUGUUGCUCAUUCAGCUGUAGAAUGCAAUGCAUAAACUCCAGUGAAGACCCAUGUGAGGAGGCUGUCAAAGUUAAGCCUUGUUCCAACAUUUUAACACGAUGGUACUUCAACACUGAAAACAAUACAUGUCUCCCCUUUGAGCUCAACUGGUGCAAUGAAGGAAAAAACGACUUCCAAUCUCACGAUGUUUGCAAGAAUACUUGUUUAGCAUAUGGACAUGGAGUACCAAUAAGCCUCUUUGAUGUGGAAGGUGAAUCAUUUACUGUGAAAAAUUAGGCAAAUAUGUCCCUCUGACAUGCUUCAGCAAUCUCCCUGCUUCACAGAGCAUCUCAGAGCUACCAGGCAGCUCUGGUGUCAUCUUGUCUCCUGCCCACUUCUCCAGAAUUUCCUCCCCAACAUCCCACUGCAAGGGCACUUCAGCCUCUGCUUGAAGGCCUUCAGAGACGAAAAGUUCACUUCCUUCUGAGGCUUUUCGUUCCAUUCUUGCAUAUCAGAAGUUUGAUCAUAUACACAGGGUUCCCCAGAAAGUCAACCCCAAACAUUGGAUUGGACUCCCUCCCAUCCUGACACUUCUUAGAAGUGUGAGCCUGGGCCAGGCGUUUCCCCUUUACUAGUCUUACUUUUCUCAUCUGUCAUGUGAGGGGUGGACUUGAGGGGCUCCCAGAUCCCUUCUAGCUCUAAUUUGUGAACAACCUCUGUCCAGGACAAUCUAAAAUCCUCCUGAAAUUGUGGCAGGAAUGCUGGCCAAGGCUGAUCUUACCCUGGGAGCAGUGAUUGUAGGGAGAAAGAUCUCUUCUCUUUGGAGCCAAGGUGGACUGAGGACAGGUAAACAUGGCUCCCCAAGGCCAAGAGCAUCAUGACAAUCCCCAAACACCUAGUCCUGGGGACUUUCUGUUGUUGUCAAGUCAUUUCAGUAAUGUUUGACUCUUCCUAACCCCAUUUGGUCUUGCCUUGGCAAGAAUGGACUUGACAUGUCCUUCUC